UCUGAUAUAGCUGGGACAUAUUAAUUCUACCACCACUCUAUUGUUAUAUUGAGGCGCUGUUACCACUAUACGCUGUGACUGUAACGGUUGGAUCUCGCCGGCUGUCAGAGAAAGAAACAGAAAAAAUGGUUAGCAGGGCUUGGUGCCACGACGGUUACACAGUGCGGGAAAUUAACGUUAACUCAACCGCCCCUUCAACGGAUUUUUACAACGGCUGCUUUUUUCCCUCAUCUCUCCCUACUCUCUCUCUCUCUGACUGUUUUCUUUUUUCUCCCCACUCGCAAGUCAUGUGAUUGUAACGUAAAACCCCUAACCGGAAAACACCGACGGACGACCCUCCGCCGCCAACGAAUGCUGCGUUUACAAGGAACACAGUUGAAGCUGCAGCGAGCGCAGAGAGGACGGACGGCUGGGUCUCCGGUAGCAAACAAACAAGGGCGAUACGGAGGAACUCCGGUGAUUUCAGCAGAGCGCAAGUUGAAGAAUGGAGUUGGCCAACCAUGGUCUUAUCCUGCUGCAACAGCUUAACGCUCAGAGGGAAUUUGGCUUCCUGUGCGACUGCACUGUGGCUAUUGGAGACGUCUUCUUCAAAGCCCACAAAGCGGUCCUCGCUGCCUUCUCCAACUACUUCAGAAUGCUCUUUAUUCACCAGGACAGUGACUGCGUGCGUCUGAAGGCCGCUGACAUCCAGCCAGAUAUCUUCAGCUAUCUCCUCAACCUGAUGUACACAGGCAAGCUCGCCCCCCAGCUGAUAGACCCGGCGCGUCUCGAGCAGGGAGUCAGAUUCCUCCACGCGUAUCCGCUCCUGCAGGAGGCCAGCCAGUCGGUGUAUUCCCACCCCGAUCAGAGCAUCAACCUCUCCACCUCGCUCUACGGCAUCCAGAUAUCCGACCAGCAGGUGGCGCUGUCAGCCAGAGUACCAGCUCGUCGACAGCUCUCCUCACCCUUUGACUUGGAGCAGCUGAACUCGGAGGGGAAAGUGUCCUCACCCGCCAUGGUGUCGUUCACAAACGCCCUAUUGUCCAAGCAAGCUGCGUCGCCCCCUGAUAUCGAGGCCUCAACCAGCAGCGCCAAGGCAUCCGGUGAGGAGGGGGCAAUGGACGUACUGAGCGCAGAUGGUUCCUCCGCCACUGCGAUCCUCCAUGUAAAGCCGAGCAUAAUGAAGAGAAGUUCCUCCUUCAGGAAGUAUUACUCGUGCCACCUCUGCAAGAGCAGAUUCACCCAGAGAAGUCUGCUGAGAGAACAUCUCCUGCAUCACACACAGGCUCUCCAGCAGGCGGCGGAGCCCAGCAAGGCGCCGCCGUCGCCUGCUGUGAUCAGAGAGAACAGCGUGUUGGCAGAGGGGCCUUCUAAAGGAAGCAAAGCCGGCUCGAGCGCCUCGGCCACAGCUGUGGAGAUCAUCAGCGACAGCGAACAAACUCCCGUCUCAGGCACCAACUCUGACUCUCCCCAAGCAGAGGUGUCCACCUCCACGUGGGGGGUGGGAGGGCUGAGCUCUCAGGCAGACACCCCGCCUCCGUCGGACAUCGCGGACAUCGACAACCUGGAGAACGCCGACCUGGACCGUGAAGUGAAGCGCAGGAAGUACGAGUGCUCCACGUGCGGACGCAAGUUCAUUCAGAAGAGCCACUGGCGCGAGCACAUGUACAUCCACACGGGGAAGCCCUUCAAAUGCAGCGCGUGCGGGAAGAGCUUUUGCCGUGCCAACCAAGCCGCCCGCCACGUCUGCCUGAACCAGGGCGCCGACACCUACACCAUGGUGGACCGGCAGAGCAUGGAGCUCUGCGCUGCAGGGGAAGACAGCAACCAGAUGGAGGCCAUGUUCUUGGGCUCCUCAAAGCCUUACAAAUGCAACAUUUGUGCGACGACCUUCUCCAGCCCCGCCGAGGUGAUCAAACACCUGUGCUUCUCCCAAGGGGGAUUAGCAGGACUGCCGGGAAGCGCAGGUGUAGGCAUGCUGCUGCAGCAAGAAGAUAUCUCCAAAGAUGAAGGCUCUGAUUUGUCCAACUCUGGAACCCCACCAGUACCGAUAAAGACUGAGGAGAUCCUCGUAGAAUAGCAGCCGAACUGUUUAACAUGUUUGCCAUCUAAAUUAUGGUUAAAAUAGGUAAGUUAAAGAAAAAUUUGUCAGGGUAUAUUUGCUAGAUAUUCUUAACCUUUAUUUCAUGAUAAAGUGCUUUAAAUGUGUAGACCCUAAGAGUGCAAAUUAUAAAGAUUUCUCUCGAUACAAUCAUAAAAAUUACACACACAGAUUUCACUGAAAGGCUUUGGGUUAACCAACAAUAAAACACUGAUUUGUUAUGCUGUAAUAAACUCUUUGCGUGCAGCUGUCUGCGCUUUUUGACAUAGGAAGAGGAAGCUGAGGCCGUCUAGAGUUGUUAGACAUCAAGAGUUGCAAAACGCCGAUAACUCCUCUGCUACUGCAGGGAAUUUCCACAUGGGCAGAAAUCUAGACAUAAACUGGCAGCUGCCAGCACACAGACCAGAGACAAUCUGUGCUCGCUGUAUUUGAACCGACUCUCAGUGUCCGUCUUCCAUCCUCUGAUGUCGGCCGAACAGAAUAAAUAUGUUUAUGUGACGUAACGACCAUUCACCGCAUCUUCCCCAGCACACGGCUACGUGUGUGUACGCCUCUGUGAUUAGUGGUGUCUUAGUGGGAUUACCGCUCCUGUCUUUUAUUCCUCGUCACACCAGACGUAGAAACAGGCUCGCGUUGUCUAAAUUUAUGCCACUUUUGUUUGUUUUCCUCACAUUUGCCAGCCUUGUUAUGUAUUAUAUAACUCUUUGGUUACUAACACUGUAGCAACAUGUUCCAUCCAGACCCUCAAGCUGAGGCUGUAGAAUAUUGUAAAUCAUGUGUGUUUUCAUAUAAUUCAUUUGAAUCUAUUUCUGGAUCCCUUUUAAAGUUUAUUUGAUGUUUUUCUAAUUUUAUACACAGCGCUAUAUUCAUAAAAUGACAAUAUAUUUGAAAAGAUGUAAGAUGACUAGUGGACUGAUCGCUUCCAAAAUCUUAACAUGUGAAGGAUAUUGAAUAGACUUGUGUUGAAUUGUUAAGAAGGUUUUUCAAAGUCUUGCCAAAUGUGUGCUAAAGGAUAUUUGUUGUGUUAAAAGGGAAAUAGUUUAUUCUAUAUUUUAACAUCGUUUUUUUUUCUCUUUUUUUUUUUUUUUUUUGUAUUUGUAUGUUUUUAGUUUCUGCCCAUACGAGAAUAAAGGUGUGAUAGAAGGUUGCAACUUUUAGAAAAACUUUGUAGAGGCCUGAUUAUUUCAGCUAUCUGGACUGGAAGUCACAUCUCAAAGAACAAGGUGGUUUACACAUGUUUUGUUGGAAUAUAAAAUGUGUUUUAUUAAUCUUCCAUAUCAGUUCUUGUGCUACUGAUGACUAGAAUUAGAGGUUUUUUAUAAAUGUUGAAUAAAUGAGAAGCUCACAUUAAUAUAUUGGGUAUAAAUUUUUUUUAACAUUAUUUCAUAUGUAUGCAGAUAAUCUAAAGCUGCCAAAGAGUUAAUUUUUCCCUCUUACUUAAAAUAUUGUACCUUUUUUUCUUUGUAUUAUAAAUUUCUGCAAAAUUUGAUCUUUACUCCAGUAGCUAGACUGGCUUUGAGCUUCCCAUUCAUUCAUUUUACAAUGUUUCAUAUUAAAAUAAUUAAUUCUCUCUCUAUAUAUAUAUUGAAAUUUCUUCACAAAAAAAGAAGCUAUUUUUCUUCUCUUUGAUUCAGCAACUCUCAUAGUGAUACUGGUGAAAUGUAUGUGUAAACUAAAGCACACAGACAUGUUUGAUUAACAUGUUAAAUAAUUUUAAAUGUCCUGCUUGAAUAAUGUUUAAUUAUAAUACUUAAUGUACAUUCUCGUUGUAAUAGCUUUGAUAAUUUCUUUAUCCCCUAUUCUAAUGCUAGAAAUCUAAAGUUUGCAGGAUUGAAAUUUGAUGCAGUUCACGCAGUCUGUAGCUAGAUGGCGCUGUUUUCUUUUACUCUCCGCUCAGGUUGAAAGAGAAGGAAAUGGUCAAAAAUGAACAGUGAUUGUUCACCAGCUGUUUCUAUUUCACCAUGAAUCUGAAUACUUUUUUUCCUUCACUUGCGAGCUGUCAGUGAUUUUGCUCAUUUUGAAACUGAUCAAAUUUCAAUGCUACUGUCCCUUAAUUUUCCAAACAAAUGAUCCACUGAAAUAUGCACACGUCAUUGGAAAUUCUCCAUGUUCAUUCUCAAAAUUAAUGUCUGUGCUCGAUCUUUUUCUAAACAGCCAAACAUCUCAGGAAGUUGAGAAGUUUGACUUCACUGUCAAGCUGUUGGUCAUUAGAUAAAUAGUUUGGGACUAUUGUAGAGUAUGCAAUGUAAACCUCUUCCUGGUGCCCAUUUGACAUCUACUGUGACGAUUCUGUGUUCUCAGGAAUGUAAUUUUAUCUGUUUGAAACGUUUUUUGGCCAUGAAGAAAGAAUAAAAACACGUCUUUACAUAAUAGUGAUUUUGUGUCGUGACUACCAACUUGCCAGUUGAGUUGCAAAUGAGUAAUUGUUUUAAAAAUGCUUGUCUAAUUCAAGAAGCAAUAAAGAACCCAGACACAUUUUCUCUACCUUUAUUGAAUGAAAUAUAGACAAGUUUCUGAAUCCUCACUAUUAACAGCUUGGAAAAUAUAAAAGACAACUAUGACCAUGCUACAUGAAAGUUUUGCUAAAUGGCUGCAGGUUAUUUGUUAAUAUUAAUAUUACAACAAUAUUAUUUAGGUACAUACAGGAGGUAUACAAUUUGUACAAAUGUUAUCAGGUUCACAGUUAUUGUGGGUUACAAACUGAACGGAGGGCUUAAGAUGGGUAGGGUAGGCUCUAGACGCUGAUCUUUUGCAACAAAUGCAAGUCUUUAGUUUUCUAGCUUUCUCUAAUCAUUAUUUCUUUUUUUUAAAUAAAGCAAAUAUGGAUCUUUUACACACAAGAUUGGCACCUAAACUGUGGCACAAAUGUCCACAUAUUUUAACUUAAAGCUGAAAUAAAUGCGAGCUUUUAGCACUGCUAGCUUAUAUAAGCCACUAAAUUAAAUUUCACUGAUUCUAAAAGCACCUCUACGUGACUGACCUGGUGCUAUUCUAAAGUUAAUCAGAAAUAAGCCGCUUUGGUGGUACAGUCUAGUUGCUGGACUAUUCUUGAAGCGUCCUUUUACAACCGAGAUGCAAUGCCUGACUCAAAGUAGCUGUGUGGAUACUUUGGGAAGCUAAUUGGAUGCAACUGGUAUCCUAGUCCUGUGAUCAAUGGAAAGACCAUGGCUCCCUGAUUAAUCUUAACUGAAUUUGGCUUUUAGAUUAACGGGAAAAAAAUGAGCUUUAGUAUUUAUUCCUGGUACCAUGAAGUUUGUGCCUUUCUAAAUCAUCCCUCGCUCUGUUUGUGUCCUCCCUGGUGCCAGUUUUAAUGAACCUGAGCUAUAGCGCUUGGUGAAGAACACAACGUUGUGCAGAACUAGCUCACCUUCAACGUGACUCCCAAGAAGUCAGGGAUUAAAGGGUGUAAAUGUUUGGGGUUUUUUUCCAUAAGAAAAUGGUGAAAAACAAAUGCACUUUCUGUGUUUCUGCACAGAAAGCGAAGAAGUAAUUAAUCAGGAAACAUUGAACACCAUACACGUGAAAUGCUUUGUGUUUUGUCUUAAAUUCUUGUCGGACCAGUGUUAAAAACUGGCAUGUGUGUAUUCUUUGUAACACAGCAAAUACUUCUGCCACAUUAUAAGCUUAAAGUGUUGUCAUAGUAUUUUAUUAUCACAUUAAACAAUGUGUGACAAUGUCUUUUCACAGUAUAUCAGGCAGUGAAUUUGUCUUAUGUACAUGAAUCUCAUGAAAUAUUAAGUGGGGAUGCAGAGUGAAACACACAAUGUGAUAAAUCCAAGCACGUGGUGCAUUUUUAGUAGUUAAUAUUUUAAUCUCUGCUCCUCUGCCUAUGGAAUAACACUUGUACCAUGACUCAAUUAUAUUUACCUACAAAGCCUUGAAAUAAUUGUAUGCAACUUUUUUUUUUAUGUCUAUCAUUAUUCAGCCGGAUGCAGUUUAUGAGAAAUUUUAAGACGCGUCCAAAUCAAGUUUAAAACAAAGCAAAAAAAAAAC